GUUUCCGUAACUAAUCAAGCUGAGGUUUGUUUUGAUCCUAUCCGCUGUAAGGGUGGGAGAUGAAAGUUGUAAAGUCUCUGAAGCUUGCAAAGUUCAGAGUUCACAUUACAGGCAAAUAUGCCGUGAAUUGCUGCGACUUGCAAAUACUUGAAGUAUUCAGAGUGCUUCCGAAAAUAGGACCAAAGCCUCUGCGGUUUGGGAGAAAAUUGUAUCGUAUUUACAGAUGGGUAUGGGACCUGUACUUCGUUCCCGAUUGUUCAACACAACAUUCCUAUUAAAUUGGCCACGUCUUUCACGUUCCGGCUGUGGCUAUGGAACACGUUGUACUCUAAUCGGAGAGCUGACACGUCUUGCAGUUCCAGGCUACGCCUGCCCACGUUUGUGGGAUGGGCAAGUGCAGGCAAAACGUUUAAGAAAGUCGCACUGAGUGGGUUAAAUUGCAAACAGUGCACAAACUGUUCGGUGUUGUUCAGAGUGAACGAAAAACCACUACUAUCCUGACGUAACGGGGUUAAGACCAUGGGAACAGAGACAGGUGAGGAGGGGCCACCCAGUUUGGAGUACAUUCAGGCUAAGGAUUUAUUCCCACGGAAAGAGCUGGUGAAAGAAGACGACGACUUGCAGGUGCCUUUUCCAGUCCUCCAAGGGGAAGGUGUGGAAUACCUGGGACGUGCAGAUGAUGCUGUGAUUGCUAUCUCUAAUUACAGACUCCACAUUAAAUACAAAGAUUCUUUAAUCAAUACGUUUCUGCAGGGUGUGGACAGUGACGUCUCAGUGCCUAUACGGCUUAUUGAAACUGUUGAGAGUCGGGACAUGUUUCAACUUCACAUUGUAUGCAAAGAUUCCAAGGUUGUCAGGUGUCAUUUUUCUACAUUUAAACAAUGUCAGGAAUGGCUGAAGAGAUUAAAUAAAGUGAUUGCCCAGCCAACAAGACUGGAGGAUUUGUUUGCCUUCGCAUAUCAUGCUUGGUGUCUGGGAAUCUGUGCUGAUGAGGAAGAUCAGCAUGUACACCUCUGUCGUCCUGGAGAUCACGUUUGUCAUCGCUUCGAAAUGGAAGUAGAAAGAAUGCGUUUUGAUCUGCAAAAUGUCUGGAGAGUCAGUGAGGUCAACAGCAAUUACAAGUUGUGUGCUAGUUACCCCCAAAAACUGCUAGUUCCGGUAUGGAUCACGGAUAAAGAAUUGGAAAGUGUAGGGACCUUCAGAUCUUGGAAAAGGAUUCCUGUAGUUGUUUACAGGCACCUGCGGAAUGGUGCUGUGAUAUCACGUUGCAGUCAGCCCGAAAUCAGUUGGUGGGGCUGGAGGAACGCGGACGAUGAAUAUUUGGUGACAUCCAUUGCUAAAGCCUGCAUUUUAGACCGAGGGAAGCUCAGUGGAAAGAACAGAAAUGAGGGAACUUGUUUGUCCGACACUGACUUUGAUUCAUCCAUGUCUUCUGGGUCUGUGGCGGAGGGUGGAGGGGCACCACAGAAAUUACUUAUUUUGGAUGCAAGAUCAUACACUGCCGCUGUAGCCAACCGAGCGAAGGGUGGAGGUUGUGAGUGUGAAGAAUAUUAUCCAAACUGUGAAGUGAUGUUUAUGGGGAUGGCGAACAUUCACUCAAUCAGGAACAGCUUCCAUUCACUCCGAGCUGUCUGCAGUCAGAUGCCAGAUCCUGGAAAUUGGCUUUCAGCUCUGGAGAGCACCAAGUGGCUGCAGCAUUUAUCUGUGAUGUUGAAGGCAGCUAUGCUGGUUGCAAAUGUGGUGGACAGGGAAGGGAGGCCAGUCCUUGUACAUUGCUCUGAUGGAUGGGAUCGCACUCCACAGAUAGUAGCACUGGCCAAGAUUUUGCUAGAUCCUUAUUAUAGGACAAUUGAGGGAUUCCAGGUUCUGGUGGAAACAGAGUGGCUGGAUUUUGGUCAUAAGUUUGGUGACCGAUGUGGCCACUCUGAAAACCUGGAUGACUUGAGUGAGCAAUGCCCUGUAUUUCUGCAGUGGCUGGACUGUGUUCAUCAGCUUUUGAAGCAGUUCCCUUGUCUCUUUGAGUUUAGUGAUGCAUUCCUUGUAAAGCUGGUGCAACAUACAUAUUCAUGUCUGUAUGGAACAUUCUUGUGUAACAAUAGCAGAGACCGAGAGGCACGCAACAUCAAUAAGCGCACAUGCUCAGUCUGGUCUCUGCUACGAAGUGGCAACAAAAACUUCCAAAACUACCUGUACAUCCCCAGUGGUGAAACGGUUUUACACCCAGUGUGUCACGUUCGGGCACUUCAUGUGUGGACAGCUGUGUAUCUGCCAAUUUCAUCCCCAUGUGUGCCAGCUGGCAGUGCUGACCUGUGCCUCUCCCGAAGUGGAGCAGCAGAGGAACGAACUGGGAAGUCAUUGGACAGAUUACCAAAAGCCCGCUCUGUGGACAAUCUUCCUUUGGCUUGUGACAGUGGGGCUCCAUUGACAAGAACAUCCAGUGAUCCGAACAUAAACCAACAUUGUCAGGAAGGAUGUCUCACUCCGGAGUCUAAAAACAUGCCUAUGCUGGCUGCACCUGAUGGCCCUGAUGCAACUGACAUUUCUGAAAGUGAGACUGGAGCGUUACUGUCUGAACAAGAAGUAGUUGGCUUAAUAGAUCCAGUAGAAACAGCAGAGGAAGCUAGAGAGGAAAAUCUGUUCCGUAGCUUUCCUGUCCCUCAAGAGGAGGAAGAAUUGGCUGAUAGCAGAAAUCCAAAUGAAAGGACAGAGUACUACAGAAACCUCAACCCAUUAACUCACCCCAAAGACACUCAACAGCAUGACUCUUUACAUGAUCUCAACGUUAAUGCAAUAGCAAACAAAGAGACUGAGGGGAAAGCACUUAAGGUUACUGCAAAGGAUGAAGUAACUCUGGAUAAACCAAAAGAAUGUAGGAUUUCUGAAAAUCUUCCAGGUCAUUGUGAGCCAUUUAUAUCAAACCUAUCUGCAAAGAACAUGACAGCCACCAGCCAGUCCUCAGGAAAUGAGGGCAAUCCUUCUGCUUUACAACCCUACCUCCAUUCUGUGGCAGAUGUACUUAAUCGCGAGGAGAACAUGUCAGCUAUGCAGAGCUCCACAGAGAUGGUGACUGAGGAGAGGGCAAAAGCAGAUGGUUUUUCUUUCCCCAAGGACUUGAGCUUUGGGAAGAAUGGUAUCCUGCUUGCAAAUGGACUUCAAAAUGAAGCAGAGCAAUGUAGGUUUGGGAGAACAGCAAUAGAGAAUGUGAGGACUAUCAGAAAACACAUUUGUCAGAGUCAGUUCAGUGACUUCUCAUUAUUGGCUUCUAACUGGGACAGUGUACAGGGUUUGGUAAAAUCUGCCUAUGGCGGAGAGGCAGGUCACCGGAAAGCCAAGCUGAAUGGUUGUCAUUAUAAAAGAUUAAAUAAUAAGCAUCUGAGAGUGGGUUCUGCCAUGAGUGGACACUACUUGCUUAAAGAAGAACAAUUAGGAGCAUUUAAAAGUCUCCGACAAUCCCAUCAGAUCCAUUCCAGCCUUUAUUCGUUAGGAUCAAAUGUGAAGAAUUGUGGUUUUUUCACUCACUCAUCUCAAUGGAAACAACUUCAACCAGUUGGACAAAUUGCUCCCACAACUUUAGAGAUGUCACCGAGCUAUGUAGAUGAUGAUGGAUUACCAUUUCCUGUGGAUGCUGUUCAACAAAGAUUACGACAGAUUGAAGCAACUUACAAGCAGGAGGUUGAAUUGCUUCGUCGACAGGUUCAUGAACUUCAGAUGCGACUAGAUAGUCGACAGUACUGUGCAUCCCCGGUGGAGUUGGAUAUUGACUAUGGGGAUGACUUUACCUGCUUGAGAGAGUCCGAUGACAGUGAUAUUGAAGAAUCUCUGUCCGUUCACAGUGACGAGCAGCGCUCAGAAGCAAGUUGGGAGCCUGUGGAUAGAAAGGAGACUGAGGUGACACGGUGGGUCCCCGACCACAUGGCAUCACAUUGUUUUAACUGUGACUCAGAAUUCUGGUUAGCCAAAAGGAGACACCAUUGCAGGAACUGUGGGAAUGUGUUUUGUGCCAACUGCUGCCACCUGAAACUACCCAUUCCAGAUCAACAGUUAUAUGAUCCUGUCCUGGUUUGUAACUCCUGCUAUGAUCAGAUUCAAGCGUGCCGCACCCGGGAGAUCAUGAAUCAGCAACUGAAGAAGCCCAUCGCUACUGCAUCUAGUUAAAGUGGCACUCUGCCUUCCCCAACUUGUGCCGUGAAGCUUCUGUUAUCCUGGAAACUUGACACUUGAAGGUUAGCUGGGUUCCACAUAAAAAAGCAAAUCCCAGCUGGAGAGGUGUUUGAAAGAUUUUAAAGAACUGAUACAAAAAUGCUGCUACAACAAGCUUUUGACCUGUGCACUACGAACUUUGGGGUGGGGGUGGGGAAGGGUAGGUGGGGAGAGAGUAGGAAAAAUAACCAAAAUGUUAAUUGAAAAGAAACAAAUUCAUCUCUAACUGAUGAGCUACUUAGAUUUGAAAAGAAAUUCUAUUCCUGUGUAAAGAGCUUCUGAGAUAUAAAGUGGAGACUAUGUGGUGACCUGUUACUCAAUUGCUUGACCAGCCAUUACAAGAAUGAGCAGCUUCUGUGCCUCAGUAAAGAAUGUGAUAGAGGUAGAAUUGUGUAAAAUCUAUUUGUACAAUGCAAGCUAUAGACCUCUUAAUUCUAACUACUUUGCAACCUGCUUUAGAAGUUGUAAAGAGAAUGUUUGAGGAACUGUAGCAGUUGCUUGUUUAAUCGACACAAGCAACUUAAAUUUUAUUUCUUGAGUUCUCCUGAGAUGUGUGAUAUUGAUUCUGAAAUAUGCUUCUGAAAAAAGCAUUUCUCCAACUGUUGUUUUCACUGACUAAUUUUUUUUAAUUUUGAUGGAAAAUGGGAAUGUAGAUGUGUAAUCUGUAUGAUGUGUGUGGUGGGGGUGGGGGAAGGGAGUUGUGUGGGUCUGCUAGUGGGGGAAUCCCACAAUAUAAUCACUCCCGUUAGCCUAAUGUGUUGGGAAGGACAAGGAUUUCAGUUUAAAUCUUGCAAUUAUCUUUCUCUCUUCCUCUCCUUUUCCUUGCCAAAAAUAAUUACAAACAGGAAAAAGCCAUGAGGCCCAAAAAGCUUAAACCUUUUCUUAGGUCAGCUGCACCACUUCUGAAAGUUUUCAUUGUACCUCUUGUCUCUCCAAGCAUUCAUGUAAUUGUCUUCUGGCCACCUAUGCUGUCUACUUCAAUGCCUUUACCUGGUAAUAUUGAUUAUUGUCUAGAUGAACUCAUUUAGCCCAGCUUUUCCAUUGUUGACUCUUCUGUUGGAACUCAGUUAAUAUGUAAAUUGUAAAUGGGCAGAUCCAAUUGUACCUGUCAAGUAGGUUGAAAUAUGUCCAUGUAGGAAUUUGGAUUAAGAGGACGAUAAGUCUGUUUUCUUGUGUGUCACUUCUCGCUUUCCUCACCUUUCCCUUUUGGGCCUCUGUUCUCGUUUUUCUUUCUCCCCUUAUGAUGCAUGUACUGGGUCCAGGAUAGAGAAGCUUUUCUAUCACACUGAAAUGUGCAUCUGUUGUCUGUGGUUUGAAGUGUCAUUAGGACAACAUAUUGCUGGAGACAGAUGUUGUGGUGGCCUGCACUUGGUGCACCAUGGAUUAUCGCAACAGAACAACUUCGUGUGAGGAACUUUGCAGGCAUUGGUAAUCUGAAGAUCUACAAGACUGUUUACUUCCACAUUCUGAGAAAUUGGUAGGUAUUAUGAUUUUAAAAAUGCAUCUUUAAAACAGUACUGAUUGAGGAAUUGUGAUUAACACCUUUUUGCGUCCACAUUGCGAUGGAACAAUUUUGGGAGUCUUCACUGAACUGACAAGUGAGUCCUUGAAUGAUUUCCUUUUACUGUCUUUCCCGGACCUCUAACGGUAUCUCCUUUUUACUGGUCUGAUAGACCACUUAUUUCUGUCCAUUUCCCAAACGUAAUGAAGUUCACCGACUGGAAUAAAACUGGCUGGGAAGGAAUUUUGCUGCUGAUCAUAAAUGUCUGUGGCAGAUUUAAUUCUCUAAUUUUUGAUUCAUUUAUUAGGCAUUGAGCAGUUGAAUCAAUGCAGGUGGACUUGUCAUAAAACUUGUAAUGGGAGGCGUUUGUGGUGUAGAGGUCGUGUCCCUACCUCUGAGCCAGGAAUCCUGGGUUCAAGUCCCACCUUCAGAGUUGUGUAAUAACUGAACAGGUUGAUUAGAAAAAAAAAAAUUAGACUUUACCAAAUUGGAGGUAGUGGCAUAGUUUAGUUAACACCUGUACACACUGGAGAUUCAUGGAGGGAGUUUCCUUUGCCUGUAAAGUUGUUUUUAAGAUCAAGUUAUGAGCGCUAGGCUGGGAAAAUUGGGCGGGGGCGGGGGUGAUAAAAUGACCCUGGUCUGGUAAUCCAGUGUGAUUCUUCCUUCCAUUCUGUCCAGGAACUGGUAGGGAGUGAAAUUGGAAAUCCAUGUAACUGAAGUGGAAAUUUGAUUAAAAUUGUUAAAUGGGCAGUUGAGUAAAUUUGGUGAAUAGAUUCCCUUUCCCAACUGGAAUCAGUCCAACCUUUAUAGCUCCUAACAGCAAGUUGGCGAAGAUGAGAGAACAGCAGAAGGCACUUCCUCAAUGCAGCUAACAAACUGUAAGAGUUAAUCGUUUCUGCUCAAAAGCUGUAGAUCUGGCCAGACUGAGAGGCACCAGUGUUAAAAAUGCUAUUGAAGCAUAAAUGGAGAGUGCCAGUUCCUUGGGAGGACUUUUCUUGACAAACUUUCCACCAAGCUUCAGCUACCUUUUGCUUGCAAAACCUUCAUAACAGCACAGGAACAGCCUGUGCAGCUCCACUGUCCAACUUUUCCACUGCAGCUACAGGUUUCAGUUGCACCAUCACCAUCAUCAAUACAAGCACCAUCUGCCUGCCUUCUCAGCUGCAUUUACCUCCACAGGGAAAAGAGGAUAGUAAGGUGCAGCUGGAAGUAGUUGAGGCCACAGCAGUGUGUCCAUAGGCAGAACCCCAUCUAUUAUUCUGAGAUAUGUCACUGCCUUAAGCUCUAAUUGCAGCUGGAAGCUGCAUCCUCAAGACCGGUUGACUUCCCAGUGAAUUUGCAGGGCAUUUGUCACCUGUGGCUGAAAAAGUGCACACACUAGACGCCGACCUCCUGAAACAUCUCCCAACCAACCAUUAAACUCUGCCUUAAGUUAAGUGCUAUCGUGUUCCAUGAGGAAGUAAGACAGGCUGAGGUGAAUGAUUGUAAUGGAAGUGUUGGAUGAUGGGUGAAGGGAAGAUUUUGAACAGAUGGCUUCAGACUUGUAUUUCCAACAUGUUCCUCCUGCUUCUCUCUUUCUCAGGGUGUGUAUGUGAGGAGCAACAAUUUGUGAAGCGUAGUUAAAACAUGGUUCAGAAGGGCAUUAAGCUGUAAAUAUGAGGUACCUAAAGAGUGAAAACACUCAUUUGUUGAUCUGAGGUGUAUUAUGCAGGUUAGAUUUAUCUUUCAUCUUAACAUUUGAAGAGCUCACCUGCAAUUGCAGAUCAGAGUCAGGACUGUUAAGGACCAGCCUCCCUAAUUUCCUUUCCAUUAUAACUGGGGCUGAAAGAGUGUACUGUCACUUUAACCCCACUACUAUAUGGGGGUCAUGAUCUUAAAAAAAAAUUGCUUUUUAGAUGCCAGGAUGACCACUUAAAUAACUUGUUUAAAUCUGAUGUGAAUCUAUCAACUGGGCUUCUUAAUAAACACAGUUAUUGGUUUGGACACAUGUUGUGUGUUUCUAUGCUUUGAGGAGUAGGCCAUUUCGGCCCAUGAUGCAUGGUGGAGCAGACAUAAUGAUCUUGGUGGAUCCUUUGUCUCGAUGCUGUUUCCCACCUUCUCCCCAGACCACUUGAUGCCUUCAGAAUCUAAAAAUGUACGGAUAAGCUUCUUGAAUAUAUUCAGUGACUUGGCCUCCACAGCCUUCUAAAAGUAGAGAAUUCCAGAGGUUUACUACCUCUUGAAUGAAGAAAUUCUUCCCCCGCUCACAUCUGACCCAUUCACUGUACCUAUGUACAAGUGACAAUGUUGAAGAAAUCUAAAUCUAAAUCUAAAUCUAAAUCUCCUGAGAAUAUGCCCCCUAGUCUUAAAAUCCCCCAUCCUAGGGUAAAAACAUUAACCCGAUCUAUGGGUCUCACUAUUUUAUAAAUUUCUACCAGGUCACCUGUCAACCUCCUACACUCCAGUGGGGGGAAAAUAUCACAGCAUAUCCUGUUUUAACAAACUUUGUCCCAAAUCAACAUCUAUUUAGCAAAGGAUCUUCAACCUCAACUUGUUCUCAGCAUGUUUUCCUCCAACUUGGUUUGCCCUUAGGGUUCCCUCUAACUUAACUUGUUCUUAACAGACUCACCUCUAAUUGAGUCGGACAAUAAGAGCCUCUUCAAACCAGACACAGUUCAAAAACAGUCCCAGCAGAGGCCUACUGAAAAGCAAGCAAUUAUCAAUGUCAUGUGAUUUACAGGGAGUCUUUUAAAAAUAAAAACCUUAAGUCCACAAUGAGCUUUCAAUUACUACUUCCUUAAAAAAAAAAGCUACUCAAAAUGUUUUCUCCAAACUUAAAAUAAAUCCCAUUUUCCACAUUCUUUCAAAACUUAUAUUCUAUUUAGUAUUGCUUGGAGGAUUUGUGGGAGGUGUAGUCUUAAAAUAGAUCAGCAAGCUUCUCUGAAGUGUGCUGUAGUUCUCUCAGCCGAAAGUAUUCCUGAUGAAACGAAUCUGACAUUGCUUCUAAUCGUUGUGCUUUGUAAGGAUGGCCUCAAGUGGAACUUCAGUGUUUUGUCUUGGGUAAGGAAAACCAAAAGCCCUCUCUUCAGUCAGUUGUCUGACUUGAAGAUCAUCUCACUGCUGCAGCUAAACCUAAGGUUGUAUGCUUUUGCUGUCCAUGUUUCAUUGGCAUCUCUUGUCUCAAUGGCUAGGUAUCAAUGUAAUUGCCAUUAAACCUCAAAAGGAUUCAGCUGAGUGGACAUAUACCUUCAUUUUUCUCUGAUUUUAGAAUCUAUUACAAGUAUUUCAGAUCGUAAAAUCAGAACUUAUCUAUCUUGGAGUGAAAUGAGUGAAACAGAAAUUAUGUCCCCUGCAAACUGAUCCUUCAACCAUUUAAGAUAAUAAAAUGUGAGGCUGGAUGAACACAGCAGGCCAAGCAGCAUCUCAGGAGCACAAGCUGACGUUUCGGGCCUAGACCCUUCAUCAGAGAGGGGGAUGGGGUGAGGGUUCUGGAAUAAAUAGGGAGAGAGGGGGAGGCGGACCUUCAACCAUUUACCUUGUUUUCACUAGUCAACCUAUCUGUUGUAAGCACGGGAGAGAAGCACAAUGUGAUUGGAGGAGCAGGACUUAUUGUUUUAAGGACAAAGCUGUUCUCUAAUCUGUUGCCCAUGUGAAUAAAUUUUUUCCGGGCAAUUUGAGGACAUUGUAUGCAGAUUUUAUACUGCCCCGGUAUAUUUUGAGUACCAUCAGUGCUACUGUUUGAGUUUGCAGAGUCCAGCCCAUUGUUUUUGGUGAGGAUAAAAGCAACCUUGCUUCUUGCCAUCAAAGUUUGUCAAGUCAUAGGGCUGACUACCAGAAAAUAGGAAAACGAGUGAUUCGUGCUUUAGCAUGCAAACCUUUUAACUCCCAAACUUGGCAUCUUGAAGUGAUGUCAGUGCGUGUGAUACUUGUAGUAUUUCAGUAAAGGGGGCUCAAAUCUAGACCCAUUUGUUCUAACAAAGAUGCGGAAUAUGCUUUUCUAAUUGGAUUACAGCAUAUAAACAACAUUUAGACGGAUUAAUCUGACAAUAGAGUCAAAAUUUCUACUCUUAUUUUUCCAUCAAAGCUCUGUUAAAGGAACUUAAUAACGCUCUUAAUCUUAAAUUGGAAUUGACUCAUAAAUAAAACAUGCACUCAGUCAUGAAUCAGUAACAGUUUUAAAUCAUAGUUGUGGGUUUGUAUUCCACUCCAGGAGGUAAGCACAAAGAUCAAGUCUGAUAGUACAGUGCAGGGAAUAUAUUGUCAACUGUCAGAGUUGUCCUUCAGGGUAAGACAUUAAACAGAAGCCCCGUUUGCAAUCUUAGUUGAAUGGAAAAGAAUAUAUGAUGCUGCUUUGAAGGAAAGUGCUGGCCAGUUGACAUUCCCUUAGUUGACAAAACAAAAACGGGUGUUCUAGUUCUUGCAAUAUUACUGUUCGUGGAAGCUUGCUGUACAAAAAUUGGCUGCUGCAUUUCAAAAGCACUUGAUUGACCGACAAAACAUUUUUGACAUAUCCUGUUGUGAAAUGCUGUACAUAAAUGCCAAGUCUUUUUUUCCCCUUUCUACUGACAUCUCUUUGAUCAAAGGCAUGUGAUACAAUAUCUAACAUUUGGUAAAAUGAUCUUGGUCAUGUAUUCAUCGUUUGUGUUCCUGAAGUCUCACUUUUUUUUCCAGUCAGAUCCAGGCAGUAGAGCCUCAUUAUGCCAGAAGAGUUCCUAAACGUAAUGUAUUGUGGGUUAGUGAUCAAAUGAGUAAUUUAUUCAGUAUACUACAAUUUUAGGCUGCAUUUUGAGUACUUCCUUUGCAUUUUGUUUGUAAAACACUAAAUCUGCUAGAUUAGGGAUGCAAAGGCUGGUUUGAAAGUGAUGUAUGUGACUGUUCAGUUGCCAUGAGAUUUCUUUCACGGUGCAAGUGUUUAAUUGCUGUAGGAAAAAAAAACUUGUGACCUCAGAAAUAGUGACUGUUUAAUCACCUAAAUUUUCCCAGGAUCAAUGCUUCAAUAAUGGUUAAUUGUUCAACAAAGUUGGAGUUCUCCUGGUUACUUUCGUGUGGAUUCUUCCACUUCAACAUAGCUGUGUGUGUGAGAAGUUUUCAUUCGGACAAAAGUUAGUUGAGAAUUCAAAGGCUUGCUAUCUGUUUGCAAGUCAAACUUCUCCCUCAUUUUAUCACUUGCCACUCUCACAUCAGUUCACUCUGUAGAACUCAUAAGGUUUUUCUGACGUGAAAACAUUGCAUUGCUCAAAUUAAUGAAUAAUUCAACGUAAACAACUCUAAAAUGGAGUUUCGUGCAGUGGAAAAUGGAAUGAUCAGACCAUUCAGAAGGCAUUGUUAAAUUCAAAGUCUCAAUUUGAGUAGCAUAUCAGUAAAAGUCUUAAUUACUGGAGCAGUGUUGACCUAUUGAGCAUCCUUAACGAUUACCUACUUUUUAAAUCCCUGCAUUAAUUCUGGAUUUAUGAUAACCUAACCUAGUUUAUGUGCUCACAGCUGAAUUUUUCUUUUGAAUUUGCUUCCCAAUUGGCUGUCUGGUUUCCUACGCCUUCGCCACGUGUAUUACGAUUAUUCUUAAUCUUAUUCUUGUCUUUAUUAUUCAGACUCCUCUUUUAAAAUCUGCCAUCAUCAGCUAUGUCUUCAAAAAUAAAUCAGUUCGGCCUUGCAAGCUGUCAUCUUGUCUUCAACCAGCCUUUUCUUCCAGAAAUCCAUGUUGUAUUGUCAUUUUUCUUUCCCAGAACUCCAUGUUUCAAUUUUUUUCAAUCUGGUUUCGUCAUUGCCACAGUACUGAAGUGGCACUUAUCCUAAAUGAAUUUCUGUCCUCAUUCCUAUUGAGUUUUGUCAGGACUUCUUGGUGCCAUGUUCAUUCCAGUGCUGCCUUGAUGUCAAGAGCAGUCACUCACCUCACCUUUGUAAUUAUGCUGUUCUCUCCACAUUUGUUUAAAACUUUGGUAUGGUCUGGGUAGAGCAGCUGUGGUGGAACCCAGCUGCAUUGGUGAGCAGGGUGUCACUGAAUACGUGCUACUUGAUAUCACUGUCAAUAACGCCUUCAAGCGCACUGCUCAUGAUUUGAGAGUAGACUGCUAAUGCAAUAAUUAGCUGGAUUGGCCAUGUCCUUUUUUCUGACCAGUCCGUACACAUCGUAAAUGGCAUCUUCCAAAAAAUGUGACCAUGGGUGAACUAGCCAUCCUCACUCCUCUUUACUGAUAGUCAAAUGAACUGUUUUGAAGCAUAGUCCAUGUUGUUAACUGGCAAACAACAAGCACAGCAAGCUUGCACACCCAGCAGCGUGAUAAUGACGAGCUGUUUUAUGUUUGAAGGAUAAAUACUGGCCAGGCCACAGGGGUUAAGUCCCUGCUGCUCUGCAAAGUAAUGCUAGGUGGUACCUUGGCUUAAUAGCUCAUCUGAAAACCUGCUCCUUUUAGGAUUUGCAGCAUUCUGUUUUUGCUGCACUGGAGUGUUAGUCUUGAUGUUGGCUUCAAAAGCUGAAGUGGGAUUUGAAUAUUAUAACUCCAAGGAAAUGUGCUACUAAUUGAGCCAGAGCUGCCGCAUGCUUUGGUCUGUUUCAAGCUUCGCGGAAGUUGCAAGGUUUUUAAAAGAGGUGAGUUAAGUGCUGCGGAAGUCCAUCUCUUUUGUCUGCUUUCUGUACAAUGCUAUUAAGUAGUGGUAAUGCAUUAAAUAUCAAGAGAAGGUUCAAUUCUCUGUAUGGUUGUUGCGUGGGACUUGUGUGAUGUGAAUGUUACUUCAGCUUAAGCCAGUUCCAUCUUUUGUUCUUGCCGCAUAUGGACACUGACUGCUUCAAUAAUUGAGGUUUUAGGCAUUAGGUGUGGAACAUUACACAGUCAUCAGUGAUCGUUCCCAUUUCUGACAUUCUAGUGAUGCAGCAACAAAAGUUGAAAGAUAUUGGAUAUAGGGCAUUACCCUGAGGAACUUCUGAAAUGAAGUUCUGGUGUUGAAGCAAUAGACGAUUUGCAGCCUCAAAUGCAAUCUCUUUUUAUUUGUGCACAGUAUGGUUCCAGUGAAUGGAGUGGAGAAUUUUCCUUCUGAUUCCCAUUGGUUUCAGUUUUGCUAUGACUUCUUGGUGCCACAUUCAUUCCGGUGUGCCUUGACAUUGAAUAGUCAGUCACCUCACCUUUUGUAAUUUUGCUCUUUUCUCCAGAUUUGUUUGGAAUGGUCCGGGCUGGUGCAGCUCUGGUGGAACCCAGCUGCAUUGGUGAGCAGGGUAUUACUGAAUAAGUGCUGCUUGAUAUCACUGUCAAUAACUCCUUCGAGCACUCUGCUCAUGAUUAAGAGUAGAUUACUGAGCCCGUAAUUAGAUGGGUUGGAUCUAUCCUUUUUCUGAGCAGUCCAUACCUGAGCAAUUGUUCAUUGUCAGGUAAAUGCCAGUUUUCAAACUGUCCUGGAACUUCUUCAAUGACACCACCUUUGGCAGGGGGAAAAGACGACUACUGCAGUUGGGAUGUUGUGAAGGCCCAUAACAUUUAUUGCACCUUGCGCCUUCAGCAAUAUCCUGAUUCAUAAACAUUCAUGACUUAUCACAAUGCCUAUUCUAUUCCAUCUUGUUUUUGUUGAUAAUAUUUGUCUCCAUUGGUAUGGCUGCAAAAUCAGAAAUCAAAAGUGUUGAAAAUAAGAGGAGUGGCUACUGUUGCAGUUUAGAGCCUAGCCUGCCAAAUGGAUUCAGUUCAGUUUCUAAUUUUCAUGGGCAUCAUUUUAAAAACAUUCAUUCAAGACUGAAUUGUAAACUCAGAAGUUGUGCGGGAAGGCUAGUGUAAAAGUGGGAAAAUAUUGUAUACAUGCUAAAGGGGUCACCUUUCUCGGUUUGAGAUACAUUGUUUGGACAAAGAAACAUCAGCUUUUGCUGGAACAAUCGUAUGCUGUACACAGCCUGAGCCAAUGAUAGGACAGUGUGUGUCUAUUAUCUAAUAUGGAAGUGCUCAUAUGUUUGAGUUCACUCCACACAAUGAACCUAACUCACAUCAUAACAUUUACUUGAUGCUGACGCCACAUGGCAAAAUUUGAAAUGUUCAUUCUCCAUCAUAGAAAAAAAGACUAUAUCUUUAAAAAAAACGUAAAAUAAAAGCCUAGGAAAGGAAAAUGUUAGAAGCAAACACAUGCUCGGGCCAGUGAAUACCUGACAUGCUAUGUUAAUUUUUUUUAUAUAGUCAUGCAGCACUUUACUACUUGGCUGCUCUGUAACUACAAAGCUGAGAAAGAAAUAUUUCUAUUAAGAGUUUAUAUUCCACAUCCAAUAACACUUCACAUUUUUAUAACUGGCAAAUUUCAGUACGGCAAUUGAGAAUCCACUGCAUUCCUUUUCUGAACCUUUUCUGAAUGAAACAACCCACAAUGUUAGUCAAUUCACUCUAUCUGCCAAUGUUUAAAAGGUUUUCUGGAUACACAUCUUUGCUAAAAACUAUUUAGUUUGUCCUAGAGUCAUACCUUUUAAUUGAAAUUUGCCCCGUAAACAUUAUUUACAGUCUAACAAACAAGGAGUAACUUCGUCACCUUCAGCGGUGAUGAUCAAAGUGUCACCCUUAGCUUUCUAGUAAGAUUCAAAUUGCUAAGCAGAUACUUCUGGAACGUAGAGCCAUAGAAUGCCUACAGUAUAGAAAGAAGUCAUUCAGCCCAUUGAGCCUGCACCGACCCUCCUGAAGAGAAUCCCACCACACCCAAUUUCCCCAGUCAACAUUUAUCCUUCAACUAACACCAAAACAGAUGAUUAGUCCCUUAUUUAACUGCUGCUAGUGGGAGUUUAGCUCUCCAUUGUUUGGCUGUUUUAUUUGCUUCAUUAAAAUAGUGAUAGACCAAAGUGCAUUCCUCCCAUCAAAAUCAUAACAGGGUUAAAAUUAGCUUUAAAUAGCAAUUCAUGCACGUGGCUAAUACUAUCCAUGAAACUGCAGAAAUUCACACAGGCGAUGGUCGAGAACAAAGAAAAUUACAGCACAGGUACAGGCUAUUCAGCCUUCCAAGCCUGUGCCGAUCCAGAUCCUCUAUCUAAACCUGUCACCUAUUUUCCAAGGAUUUGCAUCCCUCUGCUCCCUGCCCAUUCAUGUAUCUGUCUAGAUACAUCUAAAAUGACGCUAUUGUGCCUGCUUCUACCACCACCACUGGCAACCCGUUCCAGGCACCCACCACCCUCUGUGUAAAGAACCUUCUGCGCAUAUUUCCCUUAAACUUUCCUCCUCUUACCUUGAACUCAUGACCCUAGUAAUUGAGUCCCCCACUCUUGGGGGGGUGGGGGGGGGAAUGGGGAGCUUCUUGCUAUCCACCCUGUCUAUACUCAUGAUUUUGUAGACCUCAAUCAGGUUCCCCCUCAACCUUUGUGUUUCUAAUGUAAAUAAUUCUAAUCUACUCAACUUCACUUCAUAGCUAAUGCUCUCCAUGCCAGGCCACAUCCUAGUAAACCUCCUCUGCAUCCCCUCCAAAGCAUCCACAUCCUUUUGGUAAUGUGGCAUAAGAACAGUACGUAGUAUUCCAGGUGUGGUUGAACCAAAAUUCUGUAACAUGACCUGCCAACUCUUGUGCUCAAUACCCUAUCCGAUGAAUGAAAGCAUGCCAUAUGCCACCCUGACUACUCCAUUGACCUGCAUUGCCACCUUCAGGUACAGUACACCUGAAUGCUCAGAUCUUUCUCUGCAUCAGUUCUCCUCAGGACUCUACCUUUGAUCUAGUGAUAUUGUCACUGGAUUGUUAAUCCAGAGACCUAGAUAACAUCCUGGGGACCUGGGUUUGAAUCUCAGAUGGUGGAGUUUGAAUUCAAUUUUUAAAAAAUCUGGAAUUAAAAGUCUAAUGAUGAUCAUGAAUCCAUUGUCAAUAGUUGGAAAAAUGUAUCUGCCUCAUUGAAUGCCUUUUAGAGAAGGAAACUGCCAUCCCUACCUGGUGUGGCCUACGUGUGAUUCUUGACCCACAGCAAUGUGGUUGAUUCUUAACUGCGUUCUGGCCAAUUAAAGAUGGGCAAUAAAUGCUGCCCUAGCCAAUGAUGUCCUCACCUGUGAAUGAAUGAAUAAAUAUUUGUUUUGAAAAGGUGGGCUGUAAGGUGUUUCAGGACUUGGACAUUGUGAAAAAUAAAAAUACAAGUAAUGUUUAAAAAUAUUCACCAAGUUCUAGUAUUCCAUCUCAGUCAUAUUCUCUUUUAAUCUUUGUCAGUAAGAAAUCCAAAUUUAAUUGUCAGGUGUAACCUACUAUGCCAUUCCUGCACAUGUUGCAAUUUUUAAUAAUUCAUUUGGUGACUUUGGCCUCAUUGACUAGGCCAGCAUUUAUGGUCCAUCCCUAACUGGCCUUGAGAAGGUGAUGUUCUGCCUUGUUGAUUAGCUGCAAUCAGUGCAGCGUGGCGAUGCCCACAAUGCCAUUAGGGAGGGAGCUUAAUGAUUUUGACCCAGUGACUGAAGAAAUGGUGAUAUAUUUCCAAGACAGGAUGGUGAGUGGCUUGGAGAGGAAAUUGUAGGUGAUGGUAUAGAGAUAAUGGGAACUGCAGAUGUUGGAGAAUCCGAGAUAACAAUUGUGUGCGGCUGGAUGAACACAGCAGGCCAAGCAGCAUCUUAGGAGCACAAAUUAUAUAACCAUGUAUCUGUUACUCUUGUCCUUCUAAAUGGUAGUGCUUGUUGGUUUGGAAGGUGUUG